AUGGAGAGACAGCUACCAGAAGCGCCCUGGAAAAGGCAAGUGACCGCCGUUAUUAUUCUGUUGCUAUUGUGGGAGGCGGGCGGUGCGACCGUUAACUAUUCCGUUCUAGAAGAGAGGGAGAGCGGCUCCUUUGUGGCCAACCUCGCGGAAGACCUGGGUCUGGGCUUAGGGGAGCUGGCCGCGCGUGGCGCCCGGAUUCUAUCUAAAGGGAACAGACAGCAUUUGCAGCUCCAGCAGAAGAGUGGCUAUUUGCUCCUCAAAGAAAAACUGGACCGGGAGGAGGUGUGCGGUGACACGGAUCCAUGUAUCCUGCAUUUCCAGGUGCUACUGAAAAACCCGCUGCAGUUCAUACAAGGGGAACUGCAGCUCCGAGAUGUAAAUGACCACGCCCCAGAAUUCCUGGAGCAGGAAAUCCUCUUGAAAAUCCCAGAAAGCAGCCAUCCUGGGACUGUAAUUACUUUGAAGACAGCUCAGGAUUUAGACGUGGGCAGCAACGCAGUUCAGAACUACACAAUUAGCACCGACCCUCAUUUCCACCUUGUCACUCGCAGUCACGGCGAUGGCAGGAAGUACCCCGAGCUGGUGCUGGACAAGGCACUGGACCGUGAAGAGCAGGCAGAGCUCAGGUUAACUCUCACGGCGCUGGAUGGCGGGUCGCCGCCCAGAACAGGGACUUCCCAGGUUGUCAUUGCGGUCCUGGACAUAAAUGACAACGCCCCCGAGUUUGCUCAGCUGUCCUAUGAGGUGCAGGUCUCAGAGAACAGCCCUGUAGGCUCUGUCGUCGUCACUGUCUCCGCUAGAGAUUUAGACGCUGGGACCCACGGCGAGCUCUCCUACUCGUUUUUCCAAGCCUCGAGUCAAGCCGUUCAGGUGUUUGAAAUAAACGCAGUCACGGGGGAACUUCGGUUAAAAAGAAGGUUGGACUUUGAGGAAAUUCAGUCGUACCGGAUGGAAAUUGAGGCCUCAGAUGGUGGAGGUCUUUCUGGAAAAUGCACCGUAGCCAUAGAAGUGACGGAUGUCAAUGACAACGCUCCGGAACUGACCAUGUCCCUGCUCCUUAACGAUAUUCCAGAAAACACACCCGACACGGUGGUAGCUGUUUUUGGAAUUUCAGAUCCAGACUCUGGAGACAAUGGCAAAAUGACUUGUUUCAUCCAAGACCAUCUCCCCUUCCUGCUGAAGUUUACUGUAGAAAAUUUCUACACCCUGGUCACAGAGGGACCGCUGGACAGAGAGAGCCAGGCCGAGUACAACAUCACCAUCACCGUCACCGACAUGGGGACCCCCAGGCUGAAAACCCAGCACAACAUCACCCUGCUGGUCUCCGACGUCAACGACAACGCCCCCGCCUUCACCCAGUCCUCCUACAGCCUGUCCCUCCGCGAGAACAACAGCCCCGCCCUGCACUUCGGCAGCGUCAGCGCCACAGACAGGGACGCGGGCGCCAACGCCCAGCUCACCUACUCGCUGCUGCCGCCCCGGGACCCGCGCCUGCCCCUGGCCUCGCUGGUGGCCAUCAACGCCGACACCGGCCAGCUGUUCGCGCUGCGGGCGCUGGACUUCGAGGCGCUGCGUGCGUUCGAGUUCGGCGUGGGCGCCACGGACCGCGGGGCGCCCGCGCUGAGCAGCCAGGCGCUGGUGCGCGUGCAGGUGCUGGACGCCAACGACAACGCGCCCUCCGUGCUGUACCCGCCGCACAACGGCUCCGCGCCCUGCACCGAGCUGGUGCCCAGGGCGGCCGAGCCGGGCUACCUGGUGAGCAAGGUGGUGGCGGUGGACGCCGACUCGGGCCAGAACGCCUGGCUGUCGUUCCAGCUGCUCAGGGCCACGGAGCCCGGGCUGUUCGGCGUGUGGGCGCACAAUGGCGAGGUGCGCACGGCGCGGCCGCUGGGCGAGCGCGACGCGGCCAGGCACAGGCUGGUGGUGCUGGUCAGGGACCAUGGCGAGCCCGCGCUGUCCGCCAGCGUCACGCUGCACGUGCUGCUGGUGGACGGCUUCUCGCAGCCCUACCUGCCGCUGCCCGAGGCGGCGGCCGAGCAGGCGCGGGCGGAUCCGCUGACCGUGUACCUGGUGGUGGCGCUGGCGGCGGUGUCGUCGCUGUUCCUGUUCUCGGUGCUGGCGUUGGUGGCGGUGCGGCUGUGCAGGCGGAGCAGGGCGGCCUGGGCGGGUGGCUGCUCGGUGCCUGAGGGCCACCUUCCUGGCCACCUGGUGGACGUGAGCGGUAUUGGGACCCUGUCCCAGAGCUACCAGUAUGAGGUGUGUCUGUCAGGGGGCUCUGGAUCAAAUGAAUUCAAAUUCUUGAAGCCGAUUAUCCCUAACCUCCUACCCCAAGGCACUAAUGAAGAAAUAGAGGCAAAUGUCACCUUCCAGAACAACUUUGGAUUCAAUUAG